AUGACCCAUUCCGGAGAUCGGGAGCCAUUAUUGCGUCAGGACAGUGGCGAAUUUGAAGGUGGAAAAGAAGAGAUUUUGGAGAUGUUUGAGGCGUGUUACAUGAAUUGUUUGAAGUUCUACUAUGGUAAGAAAGAAAGAUUUAUUCCAAAAGCUGUCUUUGUGGUAAUUAGUAUAUUCUCUAUUAUUUUUGCAAUGGAUCAAUAUAAACUUUCAAUGAGAGAAAUCGAAUCGAAAGAAUGCAAUGAUCCACUUUCUGAGUGUGAGAAUAUUCCAUUCAAGGAGACACUUGUUUCUCCGUUUUACAACUAUCUUCAAGAUUUUACUGUAAGUUAUUUGAACGAGCAGGAUACUGUUAAAACCAACUGGAUUUUUUUCAGAUUAGCCCUCGAUAUGAUAUCUCUUUGUCUUCUCCCCAAAGUGAUAUCAACAGUUGGAACUGCAACCGUUUGUUACAUCGAUGAUCCAGUAAAGUUCAAGGCGGAUAACAGAUCAAUCACUACUGAAACUUACAAUGACAGAUUUUGCGAGAAAAAUGAAAUGAAGUCAUUCGAAAUGGUAAAAUAUUAUUUGAAUGAAAAUUUCGAGAACUUGAUUGUAACUAGAAAUCCAUACGAUAGAUUUAUCUCUGGUUUCACUGAGAAGUGUGUCAAUUCUCUUGAUGAAAAUUACUGUCAUGGAUGUGGAACUGAUAUGCGAUGUUUUCUUCAAAAAGAAUAUCGUCGUCUCAUGAGAAUGACCAUGCUCUUUCCAGUUUACACUGUUGCUGACACUCAUUUUGCGCCUCAAACAUGGUAUUGCGACAUGAAAAACACCCUGAAGAAUUCGACAGUUGUUCGAUUUUCCCUUCAUGGAGUGGAAAAAAUCAAAAUGAUCGAUGACAUGUUGAAGUUUUUCCGAAAGAGAGGUGUACCAGAAAGGCAAUUAGAUGAGAUAAGAAAGGAGUUGACAUUGGGAAAGAAUCAUUCCUCGACAACUGGAACUGCAUUGAGAGAGAAAUAUGAGAAACUGAUUAGAGAAGAUGAAUCGAUUCGGAGAGCACUGCAUCGAAUUUAUUAUUAUGAUUUCUUGUAUCUUGGAUACGAAAUGUAA